AACAAUAGGACGGAAACGCCGCCGGACCGGGCUGAGGCCGCAGAGCGUCCUGGCCUGCGCAAGCCAAGCAGCUGAGACCAAACAGAAGGACAGCAGACGGAGGACGUGCUGGCCGCAGGACCCCGCUGCCUCCCCCUUCUCCCUGCUGCCUGCGCCCGGAGGAUGAGCCCAGCCUUCAGGGCCAUGGACGUGGAGCCCCGCACCAAGGGCAUCCUGCUGGAGCCCUUUGUUCACCAGGUUGGGGGGCACUCGUGUGUGCUCCGCUUCAAUGAGACAACCUUGUGCAAGCCUUUGAUCCCAAGGGAGCAUCAGUUCUACGAGACCCUCCCAGCUGAGAUGCGUAAAUUCACUCCCCAGUACAAAGGUGUAGUAUCUGUGUGUUUUGAAGAAGAUGAAGACAGGAAUUUGUGUUUAAUAGCAUAUCCAUUAAAAGGGGACCAUGGAACUGUGGACCUUGUAGACAAUUCAGACUGUGAGCCAAAAAGUAAGGUCCUGAGGUGGACAACCAAAAAACACCAUGUUCUAGAAUCAGAAAAGACUCCCAAGGAGUGGGUGCGCCAGCACCGGAAAGAGGAGAAGAUGAAGAGCCAUAAGUUAGAAGAAGAAUUUGAGUGGCUAAAGAAAUCUGAAGUCUUGUACUACAGUGUAGAGAAAAAAGGGAAUGUAAGUUCCCAGCUUAAACACUACAACCCUUGGAGCAUGAAAUGUCAUCAGCAGCAGUUACAGAGAAUGAAGGAGAACGCAAAGCAUCGGAACCAGUACAAAUUCAUCUUACUGGAAAACCUGACUUCCCGCUACGAGGUGCCUUGUGUCCUGGACCUCAAGAUGGGCACGCGCCAGCAUGGUGAUGACGCGUCAGAGGAAAAGGCAGCCAACCAGAUCCGAAAGUGUCAGCAGAGCACAUCUGCGGUCAUUGGUGUGCGUGUGUGUGGCAUGCAGGUGUACCAGGCAGGCAGUGGGCAGCUCAUGUUCAUGAACAAGUACCACGGGCGGAAGCUGUCGGUGCAGGGCUUCAAGGAGGCACUUUUCCAGUUCUUCCACAAUGGGCGGUACCUGCGCCGUGAGCUCCUGGGCCCUGUGCUCAAGAAGCUGGCAGAGCUCAAGGCAGUGUUGGAGCGACAGGAGUCCUACCGCUUCUACUCCAGCUCCCUGCUAGUCAUAUAUGAUGGCAAGGAAUGGCCUGAAGUGGCCCUGGACUCAGAUGCUGAGGACUUGGAGGACCUGUCAGAGGAGUCGGCCGAUGAAUCUGCUGGUGCCUAUGCCUACAAACCCAUUGGUGCCAGCUCCGUGGACGUGCGCAUGAUCGACUUUGCACACACCACCUGCAGGCUGUAUGGCGAGGACAGUGUGGUGCACGAGGGCCAGGACGCUGGCUACAUCUUCGGGCUCCAGAGCCUGAUAGACAUUGUCACAGAGAUCAGUGAGGACAGUGGGGAGUGAGCUCGCUGGCUGCUCAGUACCUGAGAGACGCUCUGUGUCCCAGGCACAGCUGUGCUGCGUCGGGGAGGAGGCCAGUAUGGCCAGGUGGUGGCCCCUGCAGCCUGGAGCUGAUGUGCAGCGGCCUCCGAGCCCCAGCCUGAGCCAGCCCCAGCUGCGCUUGGAGUCUUUUAUUUAUUUUAACUGUUUCUUCAACAUUCCAUAUUUGAUGAUGCAGAUACCUCUUUCUUCCCUGGGUGUGAUUGUUCUAAUACACAUCUCUUCGUUUAU